AUGAGUAAGGACGUUAUUUUCGGGUGUGGUUUAGUUGAUUUCCAUCACACUCGAGGCCCUGAAGUUGAAUAUUGGUAUGAUGGGGGAAAUACGGGGCUUAGCAUAAACAAUCUAUGGGAGUAUCUUCCGUUCCAAGCCUUGCCUGAUGGGGCGCAUUCAUUUGAACAGAGUUUUACUUAUUUCACACUGCUCUAUGAUGAAGUAAAUCAGAAAUGUUGUUCUAGUGUUGGGGAUUCGCUGAAAAACGGUGCAGAGAGUGGACGUUAUAGUACAUUCUUUGCGAUCAGCUGUUCCAAACAGAUCCAGAGUGAUGAGCUUUUAAAUAAAUCUAAGGAUGUGGUGCGUUCUACGGUGCAAAAGUCUGUUGUUGUUGUAUGUCGAAAGCCGAUUGUAGGACAGAUUAAAGAUAAAUUGGCUAUCAUAACUAAUGCGCUCUUUUUGCAGAGAGACUUUAGCGACCGCACGAUAAUAGACACGUUAUUUUCGAAUUUGAAUUCAAUUGAGUAUGAUGAUAAUGAUGAAAGUCACCUCUACAUAGGCCUGAAUCUACGGAAGAUGAUAUACGACUUACGGAAAGAUGUUCUAGUGAUAUUGAAAGCGAUGCUUCUAGAAAAGCGAAUUCUUUUUUACGGAAAUGAUGUUGAACAACUGUGUAAUAUCCAAUUCUCAUUCAUCAGUUUGAUUCCAUGUCUACUCAGUAAUAUUCAGGAUUGUGGGUCGCCUUUAUUAGAUACAUACUCAAAAAACAUCACUAUGAAGAGUUCGUUCAAAUCCAGCGAUAGAAUAUCGGUAUUACGCUUCUUGGGAUUUCCGUUACAGAUAUUUACUAAAGGCGGGUUUUUUUCGCCUUAUGUCCCCUUACAACAGAUUAACGACCUUUCUUCAUCAGUAACAAGGUGGUUCAUAGCGGGUACUUCUAAUACUUUGUUGCUGGAACAAAGCAAAUCUCUUUGUGAUGUGUUGGUUAAUCUAGACGAUUUUACCGUUCAAAUCAUGAAUAAAAAAGAUAAGGAACUACAUCAAGCCCUUCAACUAAGCCAUAGUGACAAGAAGUGGAUGGAUAUUAUCAUACAGUCUGUAAUAAAGAGUUGGAACCAAGAUGAUUGGUCUACCCCGAAGAAUUCGUCAUAUGAAGGAAGCGAAGAUUAUAUUCGUUGGCAAUUUGAGGAUUAUCUUUCAGGUUUAGUGUUAACUGUGAAACUACUAGACUUUACUAAGAAACAUAAAAAUAAUGCCCUUGUGCUCAAGACAGUGGAUGAUCUCGCAACCACUGAACAGACAAUUAAUCAGUAUAACUCAACAUGGGUUCGAGAAUGGCAGCAUACAAACAACUACAGAAUAUUCACAGACUAUACAGAUGACCGUUUGUUUGAUGUGUUCGAUAGCAGACAUCCAUAUAGGGGAUCGGAUACUAUGGCAAUUGUGCAGCAACGUUUCAAUAAACUUUUCCCAAGAAGGGAAAAGGGAGAUGACAGGCAUAAAGGGAGGAACCAAGAUAACGAGAACAUUAAUAAAUAUAAUGCGAAGGAGCAUAAUAAAGCCGCAUGGUUCAAAAAAAAAGACAAGAAGGGUGUGAGCGGUGAAAAUAACAGUAAUAUUAUCACAGCUUCAGAAAUGUCGACUAUUAAUGAUUCAGUCGGUGCAUCAAACCAAGCUGAUAAGAGUUUAUAUUCUGAUAUGUCUGAAGAGUUGGUUGAAAACCCUUGGAAAUAG